UGUGCAACCAGGUGAACCAACAAAGUGUCUAUCGAAGCAAAUAUUUAACUUAACCUAUUUUUUAUAGCAAGGUAACACAACAAUGUGUUACUUACUUUCGAAAGAACCGAAACAACAAGUUAAAUUUUAAAUGACCCUCAAAACUGCUCUCAUUUUUAGUCCAACACCUGCAAGCGAUGCCCCAUAAAUAACAAAGUAACGUUAAUAAAGAUGAUAAUUGGUCGCCGAAAAUUCAUUGUUAAAGCAACAAUAUGUGGAAUUUACGUGAUUGCUCUUUUGUUGAUUGCCAAACGGGUGAUGAGGAUAUCCGAUAAUUUUUCCUGGAAUAAUCAGUCGUUGCCUUCCCAAUACUCCAAAACGAAUACAUUGAGAUACACAAAUUUGGAAAGGUACUCCUCGUGGCUCGAGGAAUAUGAGGCCCAAAUAAUUCCGGGCCUGGGAGAAAAUGGACGUCCAGCGAAUCUCUAUGGAAAGGAGAAAUUGGAGGCCCAGAAGGUCCUCGAGGAGAAGGCACUGAAUAUCUUGUUGUCAGACAGAAUCUCCCUGUCACGAUCUCUCCCAGACGUAAGGGAUCCCCUCUGCAGGAACAUCACCGUUGGCGUAACGAGUCUCCCCACAGCCUCAGUGAUUAUUAUUUUCUACAACGAGCCACUGAGUGUCGUGCUGAGAACAAUAACGAGUGUCUUGAAUAAUUCCCCGAAGGAGAUUCUUCAGGAAGUCAUUCUUGUCGAUGACGCGUCAGACGAGGAUGAUCUCCAGGGAAAAUUGGAGUUCUACUUGAUGAAGAGAUUCGACACAGAGAGGGUGAAGCUGAUUAGAUUACCUGAGAGACGGGGCCUCAUCAGGGCGAGACUGAAAGGUGCAAAGGCAGCCUCUGGUGAGGUUCUCGUCUUCCUUGAUGCUCACUGCGAGGUCAUUGUCCAGUGGCUGGAGCCACUACUCAUGCGAAUCCAGAAGAAGACUGAUGCUGUCGUUAUGCCUAUUAUUGAUAACAUCUCGGAGGAGACACUCGAAUAUUAUCACGAUAAUCGGCCUGAGUUCUUCCAGGUCGGGGGCUUCACCUGGUCUGGCGACUUCACCUGGAUCGACAUCCAGGAGAAGGAGAUAGUGGGGAGAAAAUCAAAAAUUGCACCUGUUCGGUCUCCAACGAUGGCGGGUGGUCUCUUCGCCAUAAAUCGCUCUUACUUUUGGAAAAUAGGAAGUUACGAUGAAAAAAUGGACGGAUGGGGUGGUGAAAACUUGGAGAUGUCCUUCAGGAUAUGGCAGUGUGGUGGAUCUCUGGAGGUAACUCCCUGCUCGAGGGUGGGGCAUAUCUUCAGGAACUUUCAUCCUUACAAAUUUCCCAAUGAUAAAGACACCCAUGGCAUCAACACGGCCAGACUGGUUUACGUGUGGAUGGAUGAAUAUAAAAGACUCUUCCUUCUGCACAGAGACGAAUUUAAGGACGACAUUGAGGAAAAAAUCGGGGACAUCACCGACAGAGUCGAGCUGAGAAAAAAACUGGGAUGCAAGGGCUUUCGCUGGUACCUGGAGAAUAUUUAUCCAGAAAAAUUUGUGCCUGAUGAGAAUGUCAUUGCUUAUGGCAAAGUCAAGAUGAAGGAGAGAAAUAUUUGUUUGGAUAAUCUCCAGAGAGACGAGGACAAGCCGUACGAUCUGGGGGUUUAUGGCUGUCACUCCAGGUUAUAUCCCAGUCAGUUAUUUUCACUCAGUAAUGCUGGAGAACUCCGUCGAGACGAAAUCUGCGCCGUGGUGAAUCUCGAAGACGUCAUGUCUCGACGAGCGAAAGUUAAAAUGAUUGAUUGUCGCGAGCGGGGUGACGAGAAAGAGUGGAUUCUGACGGACAGUGGGAAUUUAGUUCACGCAUCCACUGGCCUCUGUCUCGAUGGAACUGGACUUACCCCUAAAACCGAUGUUUACGUCGCCCCCUGCUCCAAUGUUCUCGGACAAUUCUGGCAGUUUGAAUUUUACAGUGAUUCUGUCACCCCCAGGUGAUGAAUCUCACUGAAUUCUCAUUUUAUAUUCAUUUUUAUUUGUUAAAAAUCAAAUGAUUUCCUUUUUAUACGAUUUUUAAAGCAAUUUUCGAAUAUUUACUAUUAACUAAUAAUCAUUAAUACCGGUAAAAUCAUUUUGUAUGAUUUUACAAGUGAAAAAUAAUAAUGUUUGUUUGAAAAAUCAUUGAAGAAAUUCCAGAGGCAAUUUAAAAUCGAAUGUUAACUAUAUUGUCAAUAAUUACG